GAGCGAGCCGACUGGGCGCUUCUGCGUGGAGAACGAGAGCCUCGGAGCCUAGCCGCGGAGGCGGCGUCGAGAACGAGAGCAAGAUUAUUCAAGAUAAAGUUGUAGCCAUUUUCAACAAGGAUCGAUGAUCAGAAUUUUCCUUUUUAAAACAUUUUCAAGUUAAAGAUGAAAGGAAAAUACUGGAAUUGUUUGGAUUCUAACUGACAGGAUAAAGAAUAUAGUAUUUCACAGUUACUUGUGAUGGAACCUCAGUAAAAUUCAUCACUUGUCAUGCACCCAACUGGGAACAUGGAUGUUGGUUUUUCUCGUUCUGCUGUUCAUACACUGUCAAGAAGCCACUGCAAAAACAUCAAACAAAAAAUUUCUCAGUGGGAAGGAAGAACUAAUGGUAAAUCUAAUCCAGAUAAGUGCGAUCCAAAGGACUUUGGAGUGAGUUAUAAUAACUGUAAUCAAGAGAUUCUUCUUAAGAGAAAUCCUGUUGCUGAGGGAAAGAGCAAAAAGCUGGAUGUCACCAACUCUCAAAAUGUUGAUCAAGGUAUUAAUGAAGAUGCCAAAAGCCACAAUCAAAGUGAGGAUGAAAGUGAGAAACGUGAAUAUGAUGAUACACACUUCUUUAAAAAUGAAUCAGGAUCAAACUGGGUAUGUUCUCGGGACAAACAAAAUGAAAGCUGGAAAGAAGUUUUGGAUCCAGAGACUUCAUUACCUCCAGGAAAUUUCUAUACCUCACAGAUAUUGUGGAAGAAAAUAGAAGCACUUCCCCCAGAUAAAGUCUUAAAUUUAGCUUUAGAACAUUGUGACUCUUCAGAAAAAGAACUGAAUUUCAGAGGUCUGGGUAGUUCAUAUGGUGUAACGAAGAGCUUAGAAAACAUUUACUCUGAACCUGAGGGACAAGAAUGUGGACCUUCUAUAAAUCCUUUGCCAAAACCUCGUAGGACAUUCAGAUAUUUAUCUGAAUCUGGUGUUAUGCCAUAUAAAGAAAGAAAUUGUGACAGAAAAUACUGUGAAAAUAAUUCUUGUACAGAGUCCUCUUUAGCCUCUUCUCAGGAACCUGAACCAAAGAAAUAUGGCAGAAAAAUCAGAGGGAGAUCUAAAAGGAAAUCCUUUGAAUUUGAGGACAUUCAGCACUUUCGAAAUCAGAACUCACAGAAGAUUCAUGAAGAACUUAGAAGAAAUUCUGGCUCAGCACUUUAUUACACACAGUCUGAGGACAAUAUCUAUGAGGAUAUCAUAUAUCCCACCAAAGAAAAUCCAUAUGAAGAUAUUCCAGUGCAGCCUUUGCGCAUGUGGAGAUCUCCUUCAACAUGGAAGCUACCACCCCCUAAAAGUGCUUUCAGAGCACCCAAGCUUCCUUCCAAACCUCAGUUCCUUCACCGGAAGACUAUGGAACUGAAGAACUCACAAGUUUAUUUACGGUCAAAGCUCACAAAGGAUGCCACGUUGCCUGUCACUUUAACUGAAUGGAAGCUUUUCCGAGCUGGAGAGGUUGCAAACAGGAAAAGGAAAAAUCUUCCAAGGCUUGUAUUGAAAAUUGAUGAUAUAUUUGAAUCUAAGAGAGGGAAGAAGAGGGUAAAGUUACACCCUUACACUGGAAAAGAUGUACCUCCCUCUAAAGGUGAAACCAGUGGGUACGAAAGUGAUGCUGAGUAUCUGCCAAAGAGUCGGUACAAGCGCAUAGCACAACUGCAGCAAUCUUCCAAGAGGAAUCCUCACUACCAGACCUUAGAGCGGGAUCUAAUUGAAUUACAGGAGCAGCAGCUGUUUGAACUUUUUGUAGUGGUAUCUCUACAGAAGAAGCCAUCAGAAAUAAGCUACAUUCCCCAGAUCAUACAACAAUUCCCUAGCAAGGGUGAUCAUGGCUUUAAGCAAUCCAGAGACACUGAAGAGAGGCUCAAAGUUAUCCCAAAAUUUUGUUUUCCUGAUUCAAAGGACUGGGUGCCAACCUCAGAACUCAAGAGUGAAACGUUCUCCUUUGUCUUAACUGGUGAAGAUGGGAGCCGGUGGUUUGGUUACUGUAAGAAGCUCUUGCCAGAAGGCAAAGGAAAGCGACUCCCUGAGGUAUACUGCAUGGUCAGUCGCCUAGGCUGCUUCAACCUUUUUUCAAAGAUUCUGGAUGAAGUAGAGAAGAGAAGAGAAAUGUCUCCAGCUUUGGUUUACCCAUUUAUGCGAAGUGUCAUGGAAGCUCCUUUCCCAGCUCCUGGACGCACCAUCACAGUAAAGAGCUACCUCCCUGGGGCUGGAGAUGGGUCAAUUGAACUGUGCCGACCACUGGACUCACGAUUGGAACAUGUUGAUUUUGAAUGUCUCUUUAAGUGCCUGAGUGUGUGCCAUCUCAUUCGGGUCUGUGCCUCUCUCCUUUUGGAGCGGAGGAUAAUCUUUGUUGCCAACAGCCUAAGCACCCUGUCAAAAUGUGGCCAUGCUGUGGUUGCCACACUGUAUCCAUUCACCUGGCAGCAUACCUACAUCCCAGUCCUGCCAGCAUCUAUGAUUGACAUUGUGUGCUCACCUACUCCAUUCCUUAUUGGAAUCCUGUCUUGCUCCUUACCACAGCUCCAGGACCUACCCAUUGAAGAGGUGCUGAUAGUUGAUCUCUGUGCAGACAAGUUCUUACAGGAGGUAUCUGAUGAGGAUGAAAUUCUACCACCUAAACUCCAAGCUGCCCUGAUACAAAUUUUGGAAGAACGAAAUGAAAUUUUGGCUCAGGAGCAGAAUUUUUUACAAGAAGAUGUGACACUCAACUCUCUGGUGUCUGAAGCAUUUGUCAGGUUUUUUGUUGAACUGGUGGGACAUUAUUCUUUGAGCAUGACUGUCACUGAGCAUGGGGUGCGUGUAUUCCAAAGGGAGCCAUUCCGUAAAUCCCACACCUCCCGAAGUGUACGCCACUUCCUGGAUCUCUUCAUGGAAACUCAGAUGUUUGCAGGAUUCAUCCAAGACCGAGAGCUUCGGAAAAGUGGGGUGAAAGGUUUGUUUGAGGUCCGGGCCCUCCAGUAUUUGGAAACAAUUCCCGAGUCUGAACCCAGUGGAGUGAAUAGAAUUUUGCGGAGUCUUGGAAGUAAAAUGAAAUUUCUGCAGAAGAAAUGAAAUCUUUGAUUGACAGCCUCCAUCCUAAAUAGAACAGAAAGUGACAAAAAAACUAUUUUUCCAAGAGUCAAGAUGCCCUGAAGUAUUCUACAAAAUCUUGAAAGUUGAAAGGUUACAGAGCGGGCCAGGUUCUCGAAGGAGGAUUCUCCUGUUGCUGCUGUAGUAAUCACUGGAGAAUUGUUGGGAGUAGUCUGGAACCAAUGCUCCCUUUACUCUGCCUCCAAAUUUUUUUAAAGUGGCCUUUCUUUUUGAUUCCUGAGCUCAUUCUUUGUGUUUUGAACUUAGUCUAUGAAGGCACUUGUCUUUUACAAGAAAGAGGUGGUGUUGCAUUUUAAAAACAGCUCAAAUAUAAGCACAAUGAGAAAAGUGCUGCAUUUAAGGUACUACGGAGGCAUGAUAGAAGUAGAGGACUAGCCCUUCACACAUAAUUCUCAUCACUGAAAUACCAUGGUAGCUUUAAACCUAUGAGCUGUUUGAGCUAAGGACUAUACUCAUUUUUUUUU